GCAUUUUUUCGAGCACCCUUAAAUUACAACUUUGCCCCUCCUCUGUUUAUUAAGAUAAUGUGUAGGGUUUUGGUUUUCAUUAACACACACCCAGAUACCCUAUUUGCCACCAGAGAGGGGGAGUUCGCCGCCGUUCGUCACCGGAACAACCGCCACAGAAGGAGCUGAAAGAUGGGUCGUGUUCGUACGAAAACCGUGAAGAAAUCAUCUAGGGUAGUGAUCGAGAGGUAUUACGGGAAGAUGACUCUGGAUUUCCAUACAAACAAGAAGAUUUUGGAGGAAGUUGCAAUCAUCCCUUCGAAGCGUCUGAGGAAUAAGAUUGCAGGUUUUUCAACUCACCUCAUGAAGCGCAUCCAAAAGGGACCAGUGAGGGGUAUAUCAUUGAAGCUCCAGGAGGAAGAAAGGGAACGCCGUAUGGACUUUGUGCCUGAUGAAUCUGCCAUUAAAACCGAUCUGAUUGAGGUUGAUAAGGAGACGAUUGAUAUGCUGGUUGCCCUUGGGAUGGGUGACCUUCCUGGGGUUGUGAAGGCGACAGUUGAGCCUCAGGCGGUGCCGGCUGCCCUUGGUUUCGGUAGGGGUGGUGGAGGUGGUGGUUUUGCUAGGAGGUAUUGAGAAGUGAGAAGAAUUGUUUGGUGACCUUUUUUUUUCAUAGAAUAAUUUGGUUACUUGACUAUUUUUAGUGUUUUUUUGUUUUGAUUUACGUUUUUUAUUUUUGAGAUGUAGAAGAAUUAUUGAUUAGUAAAUUUGGAUUAGUAGAAUCUGCCUGGAGAUUUCGUUUUA